ACAAGCAAAAGCCCAAGGCACAACAAACGCAUGGGAGUAGAAAAAUCAUCGAGAUGCAUUAAGUUCCCUUUCAUCAAAAAAGAGGAAAAAAAGGAAAAAAGAAAAUCAUCGAGAGGGAGACGAAGAGACGGGGUUCAAGGCGUGGAGAAGGAUUCAGGGAAAUCUAAAGAUUUUAACAUUUUUCUGUCUAAGUGUUUGUGGGUUUGUCUAGCAGAAGUGAUUACCAAACUUGAGUGUCCUAUUUGAUAGUGAUAGCUAGUAUGGAAGUUGGGAAAGCUAGGGAGCAGAAGCUAGUUAGUGGCGAUGAAGUUGUAGUUUCCAUUUCGGGUAUAGAAGAAUCUAGAUCAGUGGGGUCACACCCUGCCGGUUCGACAGAGCUUCAGAGUCUUAAAACUAGAGUCCCAAUCUCUGAACCCAAAAGCUCUUCUUCUUCUCCGGAGAGAACCCACUUCAGUACACCCCCGAACAGGCCUCCAAAGACCCCAGAGGAGGCUGUUACUAGGAGAAGGACGCUUACUCGAUCUGCUUACUCCAAGCCCAAAUCAAGAUUUGCGGAGCCCCAUUCUUCUUAUUCAGAUGAGUCACAUUUAGUGGAAGAGAGUAGCCAUUUGGUGCAUUCAGGCUCACCUUAUAGGAAUUCGCCGCACAUGGCAUCACCCACCAGCAAAACCAAUGUAAGGACGGCCCCAGUGACUCCGAAAACGCCGCUCAUGGCUUCACCGGGAGAAGAGGAGGAGGAAGACGACGAAGAUGUCUACAAGACUGAAAACGUCAGGGUCGGUGACAAAUCGGGUAACAAAAUGAAGGUUAUGGCUAUAAUUGAGUGGAUUGUGUUUGUGUGCAUAAUGAGUGUUUUAGUUGCUAGCUUAACUGUUGAGAAAUUGCAGAAACAUACCAUUUGGAGUUUGGAAAUUUGGAAAUGGUGUGUGCUGGUGUUGGUAAUAUUUUGUGGUGGAUUGAUUACUAAAUGGUUUAUGAAUGUCCUUGUUUUCUUGAUUGAGAGGAACUUUCUGCUUAAGAAGAAGGUUCUGUACUUUGUUUAUGGUUUGAAAAAAUCCGUUCGGGUUUUCAUUUGGUUGUGUUUGAUUCUUCUGGCUUGGGGUCUGCUGAUAAGCCGAGGUGUAAGGCGACCAAGGAAGACUACCAGGAUCUUGAAUUACAUCACAAGGGCUCUUGCGUCCACUCUAAUUGGAGCAGGAAUGUGGAUGAUGAAAACUCUAUUUGUCAAGAUAUUAGCGUCUUCUUUUCACGUCAAUAGAUUCUUCGAUAGGAUCCAAGAGUCUAUAUUUCAUCAGUUUGUUCUUCAGACCCUUUCUGGACCUCCAAUUGCAUCAAUGGAGUAUGAAGCAAGGCUUAGCAAUGGUAGGAAUAGCGGUGAAUUGACUUUCAAGAAUCUGAAGAAAGGAAAACAAGUGGACAAAGAAGAGGUGAUUGACGUAGAGAAGCUUCAUAAGAUGAAACAAGAGAAGAUUUCUGCUUGGACUAUGAAAGGGUUGAUUCAAGUGAUUCAGGGUUCAGGGCUGCAUACUAUUUCCAAUGCACUUGACGAGAGUGUUGAUGAUGGGGGUGUUGAGCAAAAAGAUAAGGAGAUUACUAGUGAGUGGGAAGCAAAAGCUGCUGCUUAUCGAAUAUUCAAAAAUGUAGCGCGGCAUGGUCACAAGUAUAUUGAAGAGGAGGACCUGUUGCGCUUCAUGAAAAAGGAGGACGUAGAUAAUGUAUUCCCAAUGUUUGAGGGUGCGACAGAAACUGGAAAAAUUAGGAAAUCAUCUUUAAGGAAGUUGGUGGUGAAUGUCUACAAUGAACGCAAAUCACUGGCACAUUCUCUAAAUGACACUAAAACAGCCAUCGAGGAGCUUAACCGAAUUUUAUCAGGACUUGUACUUGUAGUGAUAUUUAUUGUGUGGUAUAUUUUGAUGGGAUUUGCAACAACCCAAGUGCUCGUCUUCAUUUCCUCUCAGCUUUUACUUGUGGCCUUUAUAUUUGGCAACACCUGUAAGACUGUGUUUGAAGCCAUCAUCUUUGUAUUUGUGAUGCACCCCUUUGAUGUGGGUGAUCGUUGUGUCAUUGAUGGGGUACAGCUGGUUGUGGAAGAGAUGAACAUUUUGACGACAAUCUUCUUGAGAUACGACAAUGAAAAGAUUUCCUAUCCAAAUUCAGUUCUGGCUACAAAACCGAUAAGUAAUUUUUAUAGAAGCCCAGAGAUGAGUGAUUCGGUGGAGUUUGCUAUUGGUUUGUCAACUUCAGCUGAGAGUAUUGUAGCUCUUAAAGCUAAAAUAAAAGCGUACUUAGAGAGCAAGCCUCAACAUUGGCGUCCCAACCACAGCGUGCAAGUUAAGGAUAUUGAGGAGAUGAACAAGAUGAAAAUGGCUCUCUUUGUUAAUCAUACCAUGAACUUCCAAAACUAUCCAGAGAAGAGCAGCAGGAGAACUGAGUUAAUGUUUGAGCUAAAGAAAAUAUUUGAGGAGCUUGAUAUCAAAUAUAAUCUUCUCCCGCAAGAAGUUCACCUCAUAAAUACAGGGUCUGCAGCCCCAGCAUUUACAAAUGCUUCGCGGUGAUGAUCAGUUUGCUAGCUUGAUAAAGUCCUACUUAUGACAAGUUCCAUGUGGGAACUGGAACAAUAGUUCGCUGUAAGCAAGUUAUGUCUGUUAUUUUCUGGAGGAAGAUAUCUUGAGAUGGAGUCUUGCGUGGAAAUCAGCAAAGCCAUGGUGGUGCAAUUAACUAAGAGUUUGACAUCUGCAACCAAACUUUGCUCUUCAAUCUGUUAUGCAACUGUAUUGGAUCGAUGGAGCUAGUGUGCUGUACAAAAACUGAGUUUUGUUGAUCAGAAAACAUCUGAGAUGUGACAUGUUAAUGUGGUUUCUUAACAACGAUGUUCUUUUUGCCUUUCGAAUAGAUGCUAGAUUGGGGUGGUGA